AAAACGGACGUUGAAGUUCACAUAUUCGAUAUUUGUAAUCGCUGUUUUUGACUAAGAGCAUCGGUCACAACCACUUUAUGCAGUCAAAAGUGUUUUUAGCGGAGACCUUAAAAUGGAAAACGUAAUGCUGAAUCCAUCGCAGACUCAGAUAAAAAUAGUGGAUUUUGGCCUGAGCAACACCUGGCGGCCUGAUGCACCGUUGCGAACCCACUGUGGUUCACCAGAGUAUGCUGCCCCUGAACUCUUCAUCACCGGAAAACAGUAUGGUCCGGAAGUUGACCUAUGGAGUUUAGGCAUCAUUCUGUACGGCAUGGUGUUAGGGCAGCUGCCGUUCGUGAGCUCUAACAAAAACGAUCACUUGUCGUCUCAAGAACGUCGCAAACAUCUGGUGGCUCAGAUCAACAAAGGCCUCGCUUCUUCACAUCGAAAGGCGCUAGCCAUGUUCUCAUCGGACUUCAGGGCGCUUAUGUCAAGACUUCUGGUAUCAGAUUCAUCAAAAAGGAUUGGUGCGAAGGAACUGCUAAUACACCCGUGGAUAACAGAUAAAGCGAGAAAAGUAAUUCGAACAUAUCCGAUGAAACCUGUGGACCCUUUUUGGCAAAAUAAGAUGAUCUCGCAGAUUGCCAAUAUAGCCCAAACAGAUAUAGACAUAGCACUGAAGGCAGUACAAGAAGAACCUCUCGGAAAAAUUGGGGGUAUCUACAAUAUACUGCUGCACAGAUUUCAGCUGAACCAGUUGCGUGGGGACGGUGUUGUGAAGAAGGUACCUGCUUUGUCGUUGAUGGAACUGGAGGCCAACAAAAAGGCUAAAGAGAAGGAAACUCUAAAGAUAUACACGGAAAGACCAGGGUCCAGACGGGGAUCAGAGAGGCCGUAUACGCAUUCAUAUGCAUAUAAAAGGAUGGAGUACUGCACACCGCGUCUUUCAGUACCUAGUGAACAGGUGACCAUACCAGAGACAGUACGACCUGAUACCUGUCCAAUAGCCACGACUAGGAAGACACCGAUUAGCCGAAGGCUCAAAAUGACUGAAGCACCACUACAAUCCAAAGAAAUGGUCAAUACUCAGAGUAUUUACGAUUAUAGGCAAGUUUAUCACGAGCCAAAAAUUACUCCACUCAUAGAUUACAGAAAUAUCAAGGACCCAACGCUAAGAAGGAAAGCAUACUCAGCAACUAUAACCCCAAAGACGCAUCGACCUUAUUCUCCUACGAAAGUUGUUGCUAAAACAUCGGAAAGGGAGACAACGCAAAUAGAAGUUCCAUCAACAAAAUAUACACCACCAAAAAAAGGUGUUGGGGAUCCUCAGGAACCUAGAAUCAUAACAUUACAUUCUAGAGUCAAAUCAACUUCCGUUCAAAAACCCAGGGAAUCACAGAACAUUACGCAUCAAUCUCGCCCGGUUACCAGUAACCAAAAAAGCCGCCCUACUGCCAUCAGCCAAAAAGUCUGUUCGACACCUCCUAGUCAGCAACUUCGUAAUGCCAGUGAUAGCGCCCGAUGCAAAUCUGAUCACAAGAAGAUCACUGUUCCGAAGGAUCACUUCUAUUCUAUGAUGAAUUCAGCAAUUAAACUCCAAGGAAACCAAAUUAAGCCAAAAACAACAACAUGCACGUCACGGAUGAAGAAAAUUGAAGUUGAAAAUUGGGAAAAAUCACACUUGGCAUAUGGUGAUAUGAAUCGUAUACUUACAGCUCCACAGAAACAGAGGAAGGCUCCCAUCUACGACCCUAUUGCCAGAUCGAUCGCUGAAUACAUAUCCAAUAAUGUACCGGACAAACUGCACAACUUACCUUGGCUCAGAAGCUAAAUAUAAGGGGACAAUGUAAAAGUGUAUAGGAUUCAACAUGUAACUUAUAAUUGUAAAUAAACACACAGGAAAGUAA